AUGUCCGACGACCCCUUCCUCGGCUCUGAGAUGGAAUUUCAGACGCCGAUGGCCUCGAGCAGCCGGCACCCUGAUCACGAUGCCAUGGACUCCCAGGCCACCAUCUCAGGCAUGGAGGCCGACGAGGCUGCCAGUGAGACUCCAGCUCCUGCUGAAGAGCCAGUCGAGCGCAAGCCAGCACCUACCGCCGCCAACUUCGAACGCCACGCCCUGAACGACUUCGCCAAGCUGCUCCAGCGAGAAACCCGGCAGGCCACCUUCGCCUGCGGCGGCACUAUCCCGAUCUUGUUGACGCCGGAGGGGCCCAUGAAGUCCGGAGAGCUGACGCCGGUUCUGGAUGAGAAGUUCAAUGGCAUGAGGAUGACUGCGAGGAGUGUUGCGUUGCGGUGGGGUAAGGAUCAGAUGGGAAGACAGCUUACGCUGCCAGUAUUGAAUGACGAGGAGGGGGUUGCUUUGCAGCAGUUGGUUGAGGGUUGUGAGCCUGCGACUUUUGGGAGGGGUGGAGAGGAUGUUUACGAUGAGUCGUAUCGUAGGGCUGGCGCUUUGGGUGUGGACGACUUCAUGACAAACUUCUGUCCUUACCAAGCUGGUCUCAUUGGUAUCAUCGACCAGUAUUUCUUGCAUUCAGUCGCUGGCGAGCUUGAGCCUUCACCUCCACGUUCCAAAGUAGCAGAGAAGUAUGAUCUGUCGCACGAUCAGGAAACCAACAUCCACGCCGCCAUUCUACGCAAUUCCAUCAUCCAGCCAUGUCUGGAGGCCCUGCAGGUGGCUCCCUCCAUCACAAAAGAGACGUCGCGUUUGAUCGAACGGCUUGACCAGUCUCAAUCCGGCCUGGCAAAGAAGGCCGAUCUCGUGGACCUCCUGGCCCAGCGACUCAAGACCAGGGACGGAGAAAUGAAAACUUUCGAUAUUGGACCGAACGAUCCAAAGCGGCGGAUGCUGAGCCGCGGCAAUCGCGCCGAGCUGUACAAGCUGAACGUCUGCAGCGGGCCAUCCGGGAUGUUCAAAGCACAUGUCGACACGCCCAGAAGCGAUAUGCAGACCGGCUCCCUGGUGGUCUGUCUCCCGGUCCCUUUCGAAGGGGGCGCCUUAGCUGUGCGCCACUCCGGACGUGAGGUGGUGUACAAAUGGGGCAUCGAUAAGCCUGCGAUACGCUGGGCAGCAUUCUACAGCGAUUGCCAGCACGAGGUGUUGGAGGUGACGUCCGGCCACCGAGUCACCCUGACUUACAACCUCUUCCUUGCCCCCGGGACCGGAUUGCUUACUGGAGCCAUGAAAUGUCUCGACCCGCCUUCUCUACCACUCUACGGCCAUCUUCGCAAGGCGCUCACGACUAAGCAGUUCUUUCCCAAAGGAGGAUAUCUGGGCUUCCACCUCGCCCACAGCUACCCGCACACACAUGAACGACUCCACCAGUUCGUUGCGAGCAUGCUCAAUGGUUCCGACAUGGCGCUGUAUGAAGUCGCGAUGGCGAUGGGACUCGUGGUCGCUCUCGAGGCGACAUCCAAGGCCAACCUUCCGUCCGAAGCGAUCACUGGCUUACUGAACAACGCGUACGAACAGCACAGGCGCUCACGGCGGCCUUUGGAUGGCCGGUUCACUUCGAACUUGCAAGCGCACACAGUCAGACCGGAUUGGAGCGAGGGAGAAGGGGACGAUAGCUAA